AUUUAGACGACUCGACCUUAAAUUACUAGCCGAUGAUCCGAACAUCGCGGAGCUACCGGAUGAUGAAUGCAUGCCUCUUCGUUUUCCUGUAGCCAUCGUAUUAUCAAUUUGGGGGUUAUCAUACAACAUGAAGCAUACAAGAAAAUGAUAAUGAUAAUGAUAUGAAUAUAUUACAUUAUAUAAUAUUAAUACAUAUCAAUAUAUAGCUAUAUUGAUAUCGUCAAAUAAAUGUAAGAAAUCAAAGUAGAUUUUAUAUAAUAUUUUUAUUUAUAUUUUUGAAAUAAUUUAUUAUAAUGUUACGUUCUUCGAUAAAUCGAUCUAUGCAACAAAUUAAUCGCAAUUUAUCAGAAAUAAAAUAUAAACGGCUAGAAGGAAAAGUAGCAAUUGUUACAGCAUCAACACAAGGCAUUGGUUUUGCAAUAGCAAAACGUUUAGCUGAAGAAGGUGCUAAAGUAAUGAUUAGUAGUCGUAAGGAAGAAAAUGUACAAAAUGCUUUAAAGGAACUUAAGUCUAAAAAUUUAAAUGUCUGUGGUAUGACAUGUCAUGUUGGCAAAAAUGAAGAUAGAAAAUCUCUACUUGAAAAAACCAUACAAGAAUUUCAUGGUUUGGAUAUUCUAGUAUUGAAUGCAGGUAUAAAUCCAAGUGCUUCCACUUUUUUUGAAACUUCAGAAUCAGUAUGGGAUAAAAUUUUUGAGAUUAAUGUUAAAAGUACAUUUCUUCUAUUAAGAGAUUCCUUACCAUUUUUAAGAAAGAGCAAAUCAGCAUCAGUAAUACUUUUAUCUUCAAUAGUCGGAUAUUCACCAUUUGAUAUGUUAGGUGUAUAUUCUAUUAGCAAAACAACAAUAUUAGGAAUUAAUCAAGUAGCUGCUAAUAUUCUUGCACCUGAAGGAAUUCGUGUUAAUUGCAUAGCACCUGGUAUUAUAAAAACUAAAUUUUCACAAAUACUUUAUGAAAAUGAAACAGGGGAAAUGAUGUUAUCAAAAAUACCAAUGAAUAAAUUUGGAAAAUCAGAUAAUAUAGGAAGUGUUGCUGCAUUUUUAGCAAGUGAUGAUGCUUCAUAUAUUACUGGUGAAACUAUUGUUGUUGCUGGUGGAAUGCGAAGUAGACUUUAAAUAUAUUUUAUGAAACUUUUACACAUUAUUUACAUGUUAUUAAAAUUAUAUUAUUUUUUAAUAUAUAAAUAUUACAAAUAUUUUUGAAAAUUUUGCAAUUGAAAUAUGAAAAUAUUAUUUUUUUUUUAAUAAUAAAGAAAUUAUGCAAUAAAAAAUAUUGAUUUUAAAUUAUAAUUUAUUUAAAUCUGAAUAUAAUUAAAAAAUAUAUUUUAUUUAAAAGUUAUAUAUAAUAUGUUAUUUAUAAUAUAAAAGUUAUUAUAAUAUAUAUGUGUACACACGCGCGCGCGCAUGCAUAUAAUAUAUAUAUAUAUUAUUGAAA